AUGCCGGAAGAAAAGGAAUGUGUUGAUGACAUAACAUUGAAUUUGGUUCAACCAAAAAAUAUACUUGUAACUUUGAAACGUAAAAGACCCGAAAAUAUCUCAAAUAUCAAGCAAGUGUACAAUAGUCAGUAUCAAACUAACAAGGCGUUGAGGGGGGGUAGAAUUAAAAUGCAACAACUCUUGAAAAUGUUGGAUAAUAACAGUUAUGUGUCUAGGUAUCGAACAUGCGAGGAUGAAGUUACCGUUAGAGAUAUAUUUUGGACUCAUCCUGAUUCCAUCAAGUUGUUCAACAUGUUUCCUAAUGUGCUCAUACUUGAUUCAACAGAGAGAAAAGAUGAAAGUGUUACUUGGGCCUUAAAGGUGUGUCAGGCAAUGUUGAAGGACCAAGACGAAAUGCCUAAAGAGAUUAUUAUCAACCGCAAUACUGCCUUGAUGAAUUCAGUUGAAAAGGAAAGUGUUGAAAGCACAAUUCUUGAUCAGGUGAAGGAGAAAAUUGUAUGUGCUUGGAUUGAUCAAGUUAAACACCUUAGAAAUACAACAACUAACCGAGUUGAGUCUGUCCAUGCUACAUUGAAGAAUUGGUUAGGAAAUAGUAAGGAAAAUUUGUGUAGAGAUUGGGAGUCUGUGAACCAAAUUAUUCAGAACAAACAUGAUGAGAUAAAAACAUCUUUUGGUUAG